AGCAGCAUGCCUGUAUGUUUGCCAGGAACACCAGCAGCAGCACUAUGGAAGUGAAAGAGAGACGUCCAUACUGCUCACUCACUAAGGGCCGCAAGGACAAGGAAAGACCAUACACUGGUUCAUCAGGGGACAGUGAAGACUGUGGUAUCAGUUCCCAGGGCCCUCGGGUCCCUACUCAGAAGUCUUAUUCGUCCAGUGAAACCCUGAAGGCCUUUGACCAGCACCAAGACCAGACCAGGUUACUGUACGGGACAACCAGGGGACACAAGGACAUGGUUCACCGUGAACAGGACGAUUAUAACAGACAAGGUCAGCAUUUCAGUCUUCGUCAGCUGGGGAUCUGUGAGCCGGCGCCACGCCGAGGCCUGGCAUUCUGCUCUGAAAUGGGCCUCCCACACCGUGGCUACUCCGUUGGUACAGCCCAGGAUGUGGACGGCGACAGUCAAGCUGUGAUGUCCCCGGAGCGCGCCAUGCGACUGUGGGGCCGGGGGGGUCUGGGAAAAUCAUCAGGAAGGAGUUCCUGCUUGUCCAGUCGCUCCAACUCAGCACUGACCCUCACUGACACUGAGCAUGAGAACAAGUCAGACAGCGACAACGGUUCUCCCAUGCCCUCCCCUUCCUGUCCAUCAUCUGCCAUAGACCAAUCACAUCCCCCAUCACCCCAUCCACAUGACAAUCCGUUGCUAAGCAACGUGGCUGAGCCAGACUCAGAGGAGGAGGAAGAGGAGGAGGAGGAAGAGGAAGAGGAGUAUGCGGCCCGAUUGUACUUACCUGUAACACAUGAGCAACCGCCCAAUCAUCACGGCUCUACCCUGCCUCCUGUCCCACCUCCUCACCGCCAGCAGCCCUCAGUGACGGCUCUCAACCAGUCCCUGAGCUCCACGCACCACGCUGGCCAAUCCCUCAAUUCAACGCGGCAGUUAGCCCCUCCCACUGGAAGCCCGGCCCCCGCGGCCGGCCAAUCACCAGCCGAGCUGCAGACCACGCCCCCCGAGAGCGUCCCGCUGCAAGACAGCUGGGUGCUAGGCAGCAAUGUGCCUCUGGAAACCAGGCACUUCCUCUUUAAGACAGGUACAGGCACCACUCCUCUCUUUUCCACGGCAACCCCUGGCUACACCAUGGCAACGGGCUCAGUGUACUCCCCGCCCACCAGGCCGUUGCCUAGGAACACCCUAUCACGCUCCGCCUUCAAGUUCAAGAAGUCCUCCAAGUACUGCUCGUGGAGGUGUACGGCCCUUAGUGCAGUUGGACUGUCCGUACUUCUGUCUGUGUUGCUCUGUUACUGCAUAGCCAUGCAUCUGUUUGGUCUGAACUGGCAGCUGCAGGAGAGUGAGGGAUAUGGAGCGUUUGAAAAUGGAGGAGGAGCAGGACGAGACACAACUCCCAACACUUUCAUGGUGUCCACAGACAACGGUAAAAUGUUUCUUCUAGAGAACAACACCAUAGACACAGGAGAAGUUGAUGUGGGCAGGAGAGCUAUACAAGAUGUCCCACCGGGUAUCUUUUGGCGGUCCCAGCUAUACAUCGAUCAGCCCCAAUUCUUGAAAUUCAACAUCUCAGUCCAGAGAGAUGCCCUGGUUGGGGUGUAUGGACGCAAGGGCCUUCCUCCCUCACAUACACAGUACGACUUUGUGGAGCUGCUGGACGGCAGUCGUCUCAUCUCCAAGGAGAAGCGAGCCCUGAGUGACAUGGACGCCGCUCGUCCACACUCAGCCAGCACACACGAGGACGAGGUCGGUGGAGGGGUGCGACGCACGCGUUCGGUGAACAUGCACGAGGCCGGCUUCAUCCAGUACCUGGACACGGGGAUCUGGCACCUGGCGUUUUACAACGACGGGCGCAACACAGAACAAGUCUCUUACAACACUAUCAUCAUAGAGUCGAUUAUGGAGUGUCCUCAGAAUUGUCAUGGAAACGGAGAAUGUCUCUCGGGUACAUGUCACUGUUUCCCAGGGUUCCUUGGGCCCGACUGCUCUCGAGCUGCCUGUCCAGUGCUGUGUACUGGUAAUGGCCAGUAUUCUCGUGGUCGCUGCCAGUGUUAUAGUGGGUGGAAGGGCACCGAGUGCGACGUGCCAUCCAACCAGUGCAUUGACAUCCACUGCGGAGGACAUGGCAUCUGCAUCAUGGGCGCCUGCAUCUGUAACACUGGCUAUAAGGGUGACAACUGUGAAGAAGUGGACUGCAUUGACCCCAGCUGCUCUGCCCACGGGGUGUGUAUUCAUGGCGAGUGCCACUGUCAGUCAGGCUGGGGCGGAGCCAGCUGUGAAAUUGCCAAGGCCAUGUGUCCAGACCAGUGUUCAGGUCAUGGCACUUACAACGCUGAGACCAGCACCUGUGCCUGCGACCAGAAUUGGACCGGGCCUGACUGCUCUUUAGAGGUGUGUGCAGUGGACUGUGGCAGCCACGGUGUGUGUUACGGCGGUGUGUGUCGGUGCGAGGAGGGCUGGACAGGAAGCGUUUGUGACCAGAAGGCCUGUCAUCCACUGUGCACCAAGAAUGGAGUGUGUAAGGAAGGGAAGUGUGAGUGUGACCAAGGAUGGACUGGGGAGCACUGUAAUAUUGAGGGCUGUCCAGGUCUCUGCAACAACAAUGGACGCUGUACCCUGGAGGCUAGCGGCUGGCACUGUGUCUGCCAAUCAGGCUGGAGAGGGGCCGGAUGUCAUGUAGCCAUGGAAACCCUCUGUACCGACGGCAAGGACAAUGAAGGAGACGGCCUGGCUGACUGUAUGGACCCAGACUGCUGUCUGCAGCCCUCAUGUCAGAGCCAGUCAUAUUGCAGGGGGUCGCCUGACCCAGUGGAGGUGCUCAGUCAGUCUCCAUCUUCACUGGCUCCUCAGCAGGCUGCCAGGUCUUUCUACCAGCGUAUCCACUUCCUCGUUGGUCCCGAGACCACCCAUGUUGUCACUGGAGACAGUCCUUUCAAUAAGAGCUUGGUGUCUAUAAUUCGAGGUCAGGUUUUGACAGCAGAUGGGACACCGCUGAUUGGGGUCAAUGUGACAUUUGUCCACUAUCCUGAACAUGGAUACACUGUAACACGCAAGGAUGGCAUGUUUGACCUGCUGGCCAAUGGUGGAGCAUCCUUAACCCUGAGUUUUGAGCGAGCUCCGUUCCUCACCCAGUACAGGACCGUGUGGGUGCCAUGGAAUGUCUUCUAUGUCAUGGACACUCUGGUCAUGAAGAAGGAGGAGAAUGACAUUCCUAGCUGUGACCUGAGUGGUUUUAUCCGACCCAGUCCUGUCAUUGUUGCUUCUCCUCUGUCUACAUGCUACAGAAGUUCCCCUGAGGAUGGACCCAUCAUACCUGAAACCCAGGUAAGACAAGUGAAUCCUUCCAAGGCCAAGGAUUUUAUCAUGGCACACCUGUUACCAGAACUGAUCUGUCAUGUCAGGGACCGUCAGCUGGCCGAGAAGACCAGCAAGGGUAUCCUGUACAAGGGCAAUGGAGAGAACAUCUUUAUUUCCCAGCAGCCCCCAGUCAUCAGCACCAUCAUGGGUAACGGACGUCGCCGCAGCAUCUCUUGUCCAAGCUGUAAUGGGCAGGCAGAGGGCAACAAGCUGCUGGCCCCCCUUGCUCUGGCUUGUGGAGCAGAUGGCAGCAUCUUUGUUGGAGACUUUAACUAUAUAAGGAGGAUCUUCCCCUCUGGGAAUGUUACCAGCGUGAUGGAACUGAGCAAUAAUCCUGCUCACCGUUACUACCUAGCCACUGAUCCGGUCACAGGACAGCUCUACGUGUCGGACACUAACUCGCGCCGAAUCUACCGACCCAAGAUGCUGAGCGGCGCCCGUGAGCUCAUUGGAAACGGGGAGGUGGUGGCUGGUACAGGUGAACAGUGCCCUCCAUUUGAUGAAGCUCGAUGUGGAGAUGGAAGAAAAGCUACUGAGGCACAGCUGCUGGGACCUAAAGGCAUUGCAGUUGACAAGAAUGGCUUGAUCUACUUUGUGGAUGGAACAAUGAUUAGAAAAGUGGAUCGCAACGGAAUCAUCUCUACAGUGCUAGGCAGCAAUGACCUGACGUCAGCAAGACCUCUGACCUGUGACACCAGCAUGCACAUAAGACAGGUUCGUUUAGAGUGGCCUACAGAUCUAGCUAUCAACCCAAUGGACAACUCCAUCUAUGUCCUAGACAACAACGUUGUGCUGCAAAUCACUGAAAACAGACAGGUUCGUAUUGUGGCGGGCCGUCCCAUGCAUUGCCAGGUGCCUGGUAUAGAGUACACUAUGGGGAAGAGAGCGGUCCAGACGAUGUUAGAAGGAGCAACAGCGAUCGCCUUGUCCUACAGUGGUGUUCUCUACAUUGCGGAGACUGAUGAAAAGAAAAUCCACCGCAUUCGACAGGUGUCAACAGAUGGGGAAAUCACCCAUUUAGCCGGAGCGCUGUCUGACUGUGACUGCAAGAACGAUGCCAACUGUGACUGCUACCAAACAGGAGAUGGCUAUGCCAAAGACGCCAGGCUCAACUGUCCCUCUUCUUUGGUUGUGUCUCCGGAUGGGACGCUGUAUGUGGCUGAUCUGGGAAACAUCAGGAUACGAGCUGUGCGACGAAACCAACCACCCACUGGCUCUCUCGCUUCAGGUCCCAGCUCCUACGAAGUUGCUUCUCCAGCUUCUCAGGAGCUCUAUGUGUUUGAUGCUAAUGGAACUCAUCAGUUCACCAUGUCACUGGUCACUGGAGACUAUAAAUACAACUUUAGUUACAGCAAUGAAGAGGAUGUAACUGCAGUUACAGACAGCAGUGGAAACACCCUCCGUAUCCGCAGAGACACCAAUCGGAUGCCUGUACGUGUUGUUGCCCCUGACAACCAGGUUAUCUGGCUGACCAUUGGGACAAAUGGAGGUCUGAAGACACUCACAGCUCAAGGUCAGGAGCUGGUGUUGUUUAGUUACCAUGGCAACAGCGGCCUGCUGGCUACUAAGAGCAUUCAAAUAGGCUGGACUACCUUCUAUGAUUAUGACAGCGAAGGUCGUCUGACCAACGUGACCUUCCCCACUGGCGUGGUGACCAAUCUCCAUGGCGACAUGUCAUCAGGGGCCGUUGCUGUAGACAUCGAGACAUCAGGGCGGGACGAGGAUGUUUCCAUAACGACCAACCUGUCAUCCAUAGACUCCUUCUACACACUUGUGCAAGACCAGCUUCGUAACAGUUAUCAGGUGGGCAAUGACCAUUCACUGAGGGUCAUUUACGCCAACGGGAUGGACACACACUACCAGACUGAGCCUCAUAUACUGGCAGGUGCUGCCAACCCAACAGUAGCGCGACGCAACAUGACCCUGCCAGGAGAGAACGGGCAGAAUCUGGUGGAGUGGAGGUUCAGGAAGGAGCAGACACGGGGAAAAGUCAUUGUCUUUGGAAGAAAACUCCGGGUGAACGGUAGGAACCUGUUGUCCGUGGAUUAUGAUCGUACACUGCGCACAGAGAAGAUCUAUGAUGACCACAGGAAGUUUUUGCUGAAGAUAAUUUAUGACACCCAAGGCCAUCCCACGCUAUGGGUUCCCAGCAGCAAGCUACUGUCUGUAAACUUGACGUAUUCUAGCACGGGGCAGGUAACAGGUCUACAGAGAGGUCCAACCACAGAGAAGUGGGAGUAUGACACUCAAGGGAGAAUUGUUUCCCGCGUCUUUGCUGAUGGAAAGACCUGGAGCUACACUUACCUGGAUAAGUCCAUGGUUUUGCUGCUCCACAGCCAACACCAGUACAUCUUUGACUAUGACUCAGGGGACCGUCUGUCCGCAGUCACCAUGCCCAGCGUGGCUCGCCACACCAUGCAGACAGUCCGAUCCAUAGGAUACUACAGGAACAUCUACAGCCCCCCUGAGAGCAAUGCCUCAGUUACGGUGGACUACUCUGAAGACGGACAGCUCCUGAGGGUUGCCCACCUAGGGACUGGUCGCCGCAUCCUGUAUAAGUACCGCAGACAGAACAAGCUAGCAGAGAUCUUGUAUGACUCCACAAGAGUCAGUUUCACCUAUGACGAAACAGCCGGUGUCCUGAAGACCGUCAAUCUGCAGAGCGAAGGCUUCAUAUGCUCCAUCCGGUACCGUCAGAUCGGCCCAUUGGUGGACCGGCAGAUAUUCCGCUUCAGUGAGGACGGGAUGGUGAACGCACGAUUUGACUACACCUAUGACAACAGCUUCAGGGUCACCAGCAUGCAGGCCGUGAUCAAUGAGACGCCACUUCCAAUCGACCUCUAUCAGUUCGAUGAUAUAUCAGGGAAGGUGGAGCAGUUUGGAAAGUUUGGAGUGAUCUAUUAUGAUAUAAAUCAGAUCAUCUCCACAGCAGUAAUGACCUACACCAAACACUUUGACCAGCAUGGCCGCAUUAAGGAGAUUCAGUACGAGAUCUUCAGAUCUCUCAUGUACUGGAUCACCAUACAGUAUGACAACAUGGGAAGGGUCACCAAGCGCGAGAUCAAGAUUGGACCAUUUGCCAACACAACCAAAUACGGUUAUGAGUACGAUGUGGAUGGACAGCUGCAGACGGUCUUCCUCAACGAGAAGAUGAUGUGGAGGUAUAACUAUGACCUGAAUGGGAACCUUCACUUGCUGAACCCUGGGAACAGCGCUCGCUUAACCCCUCUACGCUAUGACCUGAGAGACAGAAUCACUCGGCUAGGAGAUGUCCAGUACAGGCUGGAUGAAGAUGGCUUCCUCAGGCAGAGAGGAGCUGAAAUAUUUGAAUACAACUCCAAAGGUCUUCUGGUUCGUGUCUACAGUAAAGCAGCCAGUUGGACCAUUCAGUACCGCUACGAUGGUUUGGGUCGGCGUGUAGCAUCUAGAAACAGUCUGGGCCAGCACAUCCAGUUCUUCUACGCUGACCUGAGCUACCCCACCAGAAUCACCCAUGUCUACAACCACUCCAGCUCUGAGAUCACAUCGCUUUACUAUGAUCUGCAGGGCCAUCUGUUUGCUAUGGAGAUCAGCAGUGGAGAGGAGUUUUACAUUGCAUGUGAUAACACUGGGACUCCUCUGGCUGUCUUCAGCAGCAAUGGACUGUUACUUAAACAGGUGCAGUACACAGCAUACGGCGAGGUGUAUUUUGAUUCAAACCCAGACUUUGUCCUGGUAAUUGGUUUCCAUGGAGGCCUCUAUGACCCUCUGACACGAUUACUGCAUUUUGGAGACAGAGACUAUGACAUCCCUGCUGGGAGGUGGACCACUCCUGACAUCAGCACGUGGACACGAGUCGGUAAAGACCCCCAGCCCUUCAACCUCUACAUGUUCAGAAACAACAACCCCGUCAGCAAGAUUCACCAGGUGAAAGAGUACGUCACAGAUGUGAAUAUCUGGUUGGUCACUUUUGGUUUCCACCUCCAUAAUGCUAUCCCAGGAUUCCCCAUUCCUAAGUUUGACCUGACACAGCCCUCACUGGAAAUGAAGAAAAGUCAGCUGUGGGAUGACCUGCCUUCGAUCUCAGGUGUCCAGCAAGAGGUGACUCGCCAGUCUCGGGCCUUCCUGUCGUUUGAGCGCAUGCCAGAGAUCCAGCUCAGCCGGCGGCAUUCGGAUCAUGCCAAACCCUGGCUCUGGUUUGCCACUGUCAAGUCCCUCAUUGGCAAGGGGGUGAUGUUAGCUGUGACCCAGGGCCGCGUAGUGACCAACGCUCUCAACAUCGCUAACGAGGACUGCAUCAAAGUCGCUGCCGUUUUAAACAACGCCUUUUACCUUGAAGACCUCCAUUUCACCGUGGAAGGACGUGAUACACACUACUUUAUCAAGACCAGCCUCCCUGAGAACGACCUCAGCGCGCUGCGGCUCACGUCGGGCCGCAAAUCCCUGGAAAACGGCGUCAACGUUACUGUGUCCCAGUCGACAACGGUGGUAAACGGCCGAACGCGGCGCUUCGCGGACGUAGAGCUGCAGUACGGCGCCCUGGCACUUCACGUGCGUUACGGGAUGACGCUUGAUGAAGAGAAAGCACGCAUCCUGGAGCAGGCGAGGCAGAGGGCGCUGUCGAGCGCGUGGGCCCGCGAACAGCAGCGGGUCAGGGAUGGGGAGGAAGGAGUUCGGCUAUGGACAGAGGGCGAAAAAAGGCAGCUGCUUAGUAGCGGAAAGGUUUUGGGUUAUGACGGCUACUAUGUGUUGUCCAUAGAGCAGUACCCUGAGCUCGCUGACAGUGCUAACAACAUCCAGUUCCUACGUCAGAGUGAGAUAGGGAAGAGGUAACACAGCAUUGACAACGGCAAACACAAAAUUUACCCCCGUCCCUGAUGACUGUCAAGAACUCUACGAAGGCUACCAAAAGGUCCAAUUUGAACAGAAAAUGUUUGUAAUGUCUUGAGACUAUAAAAUGGCCCCUGAAAAGAAAAGACUGCUCUUGUUAUUUAUAGACUGAUGCUGGCACAACAAUCAUUUUGAAGCAAACAUCCAAGAGCGCGUUAAACAUUAGAAACCCAAAGUUUGGAUAGUUCUAAACAGUAUACACGAGCCUAUAAAGAAGUCCAUCGAACCCAUGCCUUUUGUUUCUUUCUUACUUCCCCAUCCUCAGCCUUCGAACCUGCACGCACGCCCCUCCCCCUCCCUCUGGUAGGUGGGGCUUAACUUAGUGCUAUGUCUUGUGCUACCUAGCUGUAAAACAGUGGGAUAUACUGUAGACUUGAUUGAAUAACCGACUGUCUGAAGAACCGUCCUAUCGGGAUGGCCCCUCUAGGAUUUAGAUCCGUGGUCCAGUGCAACCGGACCCGUCAACCUAACAAAUAUCUAUGGCUCCCAAACAGACUCGUCAUUCCAGGUUUCACAUCUCUGUGGGUCCUGAUGAGACCCGGCGCUCUGUCGUAGACCUCGAUGGGCCAUGUGUGGAUGGAUGUCUUUAGUUUUUCUUUGCUCAAACCAUUGAAUGGAACUGUUGUGAACUGUUGUGGACUCUCUCCAAGAGAGACAGACACACAAAAGACUGCAGUUUGUAUGAAGGAAAAAAAAAAGAUUUUCUGUUUGGAUUAUUUUGGUUUGUUUUAUAUAUAAACUUCCUGGAAUUGCUUCAGACAGAAAAGGGAAAAUAAAAACAUACAAAAAAAGUGUUUACAUACUAUUACCUAUACCACUAUUACUACUAUUACUACUACUAUUACGACAGCACCCGAAUGGACAGUGAUCUGAACUGAACAUGAACUGACCUUUUUUCCUGGAGGGUUUUCUUUUUCUUACAAAAAUGCUGAUGUCUAUAAUCUGUUUGGUCAGUUCUGAUGAUGAAACCACUCCCCCUUAACCUCCUGUGCUUUUACAAGGUCUAUAUUUUUUUCAGGUCUAGAUAACAAUGACAUAACAAUCAAGUGUCUUUGACAGCAGCGUGGAAAAAGAAUUGAAUCAACUGCGCGACCAGCACCGGGACCACAGUUGUUUUAUGAGACCUUGUGGAUAUAUUCUUCUUGGACCAAGUGGGCUCACUGGUCCUUUGUCAGCCCACGAGUUGUUCACUGCUGCAAAAAGAUGACACAGCCUCGUGAUGCAUAGACCUUGUGCUUUUAUUGGUCAAAGGUAGUAGUAUCGCUUGCCAUAGAAAAAUGUUGUCAUGGCUUUUGGGGGGGGGCAGGGUUGCUGUGAGUAGUAACUGAUCGUUGCUUCUCUCGUUUUUGCUUGUUUCUCUUUAAAGGGACAGUGCUUCGCCAUCAGUGACUUUAACGAGUAACAGUAAUAGAUCAAAAUCGAUGUGGAUGUUUUCUCAUUGAUUGUGGGUCUCUGUACUCUUUUAGAGGAGUUUUUUUGUGUGUAUGUGUGUGUGUACAAGGGAAUUCUGGAGAGAAGGAAAUUUUAAUCAUUUUAAAAAGGAAAGAACGGAAAAUUUACAGAGAGAAUAAAAUCAUAUCCUACCAAUCUUUUUUUUUCAAAGACAAUUGUUGAGACGAGUUGACAAUGUUUAAUGGAUUUAUCUCUUUUUUAUUUUGAAGGUUGAGAAAUUCCACUUAUCCGUACAUCGAUAUUAGUCUCAGAGAAAGUAAUUUAUGUACAGUGUUUCUACGGUAAAGAAUAAAAUCCUUAAAACUC